CACGGAGUUCGGAAGACGGCUGAAGGGUUUUCUGUGUUGAUACGCAUUCAAUAUUAUACGACAGACAUAUUUUGUCAGACCUGGUGUGAAAGAGACGGAAGAAAAAGAAAGUUAUAGUGGUUAGUUGAACAAGUUUUGUUUUAAGAUUUAAAAAUGGGUGCCAGUGAAAGCAAGAUGACUGUGGCAUCAACACCAAAGCCAGAUCCGAGCCAGCGGCUGAAAGCACCGCGUGUAUCACAACUGGCGGACCCUCGUUCACCGUCCUGCGGUGUCGACCGCACACCUAUACAGGUGGGUGUGGCUUACUCGCCUCUUCCUGUAGUGGAGUCCGUUGCACCUGUAUUUGUUGACCCCCGCUCGCCCACAUCUGCUAUUGCCCGAACCCCAAUAAAGGUGAGUGUAACUUCUCUAGCCCGGCGGCUGAGCACCUUCUUUCUCAAUGACGUUAGGAAUGGGGAUUCAGCUGCAGCACCCCAUCGUCCUGUCUCUUUCAAAAAACACCCCAGCCUGCCCAGUGUGGAGAAGCAACUUGACACAUGUUCCAGAGAGCAUCUGCUUCCUCUGGUGAAAGACCACAACUCUGGCAUCCUCAAUGGACACACAGAUGCCUUGUCUACCCCUGAGGUCCUCUCUCCUUCAGAGGGCAACGGCUCCAUAUGCAGCAGCCCAUUUGUGCUGAUUGUGGACAGUCGGGUGGAGCUGGAGGUGGAUGCCGAGCCCCCGCUAGAAGAGGCGGAGGAGGCUCUGCUUCUUGGUGAUUCUCCUUUGAAAAAGGAACUCAGUUUGAGUCUUCUUGCAUGUCACGAAGGCAUUUAUUCAUCCUCUCUGGAGGAGCUUCCUUUCACUCCACUUCCUCCUGCUGAAAGGCAACCGAAUGAGGAACACUCCGAUGCUCAUGUCUCUGUGGUCCCACAAGCCGCAGAUUCCUCUACACCUGUUGUUGAAGCUGCCUUGACCUCUGAGGUGGAUGAUGUUUCCUCCUUGACAUCUGACGAGCAGGUCACUGUUGCAGUUCCAGAGCAGAUCCAUGAGCCGUUAGAGGUGACCAAACAUCCUACACCUCAGCCAGCUGUUGUCUCCAGCAAAUCUAGUCCAGUGCCCAACACCCAGGUUGAAACUGUCCAUACUGGCAUCCGCUGUCCAAAGUUCGACACCCGUAGCCCCAGUCAGGCUGUUUUUAAGCCCCAGUGGUUAGGCGUGGGGUUUGGAACCACUAGUGUCAGAGCCCGAGGGGUACAAGGGCAUGGAAAAAUAACUUUGUCUUCACCAUUGUCUAUCAAAAAAACUGCCACAAACGAGAAUAACAAUAUGGUUGCGCGCACCAAACAGAGGCAGAGAGUUCUGAUUGGUGAGGGCAGAUCCCCUCUGCAGAUUCUGAAGGAGGCAAAUUCGUCCAGGGACUGCAACGCCCAGGUCAAGAUAAAAGUGUCCACCCCAGAAAAACAGAGGUUCAGCCAGAUGGACAGAAAGGCUUUGAUUCUCUCACUGGACAAGGAGAAUGAGUGAGACAAACUGAAUGAAAAUGAAACCUUUUACUCAACACUAUGUAUAUAAAAAUGUUCAGGUCUUAAAUUGGAUAAUGAUUUUUCAAAUUGUUUUG